AUUGUUGGGCAAAAGGUAACAAUUAUCCGUACAACAAGACAAUAAAGAAAUUAAUGAUAACCCAUGCUGAAUUUAACGCAAUACUAAAUGCGCCUGGAAAAGUGAAGGAUUGCCGUAUCUAUGUGACGUUAUUCCCGUGCAAUGAAUGCGCAAAAAUGGUCAUACAAUCUGGCAUAAAGAGCGUAAUAUUUUCUUCCGACCAAAAAGGAGACAGAAAUGAAUACAAGGCCUCUAGACGAAUGUUAGAGGACGCAGGCAUUGAUAUUCGUCAACAAGUGUCGCCACUAGGUGAGCCAAAACUGAAGAGAAGCAGAAAGUUGGCAUAA